AUGGCGGACGAGGUGAAACCAUCGCUCUCGCGCGAUGCGAAAUCGGCACAUGCAAUUGACCAUGACACCCCCGCAGAGGUCGGGGAUACGGAGCUGCUGGCGACCCUGGGCUACAAGCAGGAACUGCGGCGGCACUAUUCCACCGUCCAGAUCUUCGCGGUUGCUUUUAGUAUCAUGGGAUGGCUGUGUGCCAGUUUCUUCAUCUUUAUUGUCAGUCUGGCUAUGGUAAGCUCAAGCACACCCAAUGUAACCUACAUCCACUACAAGAACUACCGACUGAUCACUAUCUACCGACAGGCUGAUAUGGCAUCCGCCAUGCCCACUGCUGGCGGUCUAUACUUCUGGACCCACUACUUCGCCGCCGAAAAGUGGAAGAACCCACUGAGCUUCGUUGUCGGAUACAGCAAUACCAUCGGUCUCAUUGGAGGUAUCUGCUCAAUUGACUACGGCUUCGCCAACAUGCUCCUCUCAAUGGUCUCCAUCGCCCGCGACGGCAACUGGACCGCAACACGACCCAUCAUCUACGGCACCUACGUCGCAACCGUCGUCUCCCACGGCCUCAUCGCCACAUUUGGCGGACGAAUUAUGCCGCGAAUCCAAUCCCUCUGCAUCUUCCUCAACAUCGGCCUCGUCGUAGCAACAGCCAUCGCCUUGCCAGUGGGCAAAGCCAAAAAUGCUCCCCCAGUUAACUCGGGUUCCUACGUCUUCGGUGAUGUCGAGAACUUUACGACUUGGCCGACCGGCUGGGCGUUUAUCAUGGCGUGGUUGUCGCCUAUUUGGACGAUUGGUGCGUUUGAUUCGUGCGUGCAUAUGAGUGAGGAGGCUACUCAUGCGGCGCGGGCGGUUCCCUUGGGGAUUAUUACUUCGACGGGGAUGUGUGGGAUUUUGGGGUUCUUGUCUAUGGCUGUUAUUGCGGCUGGGAUGAGCCAGGAUAUUGAGGGGAUUUUGAAUUCGGAUUUUGGGCAGCCGAUGGCUCAGAUUUACUAUGAUGCGCUGGGUAAGAACGGUGCCCUCGGCUUUAUGGCGGUAGUCAUGACCGUUCAAUACUUUAUGGGAUUGAGUAUCCAUCCCGCCAAAGCUGGGCCUUCUCCCGCGACGGCGCCCUCCCCCUUCUCCUCCUUCUUCCGCAAAGUCAGUCAAAGCAGCCUAACCCGCUACCAACCCGUCCGCAUGGUGUGCGGUGUAAUCGGCGCCUCUGCAAUUAUCGGCCUCCUCUCACUGAUUGACAACGCCGCCGCAAAUGCACUGUUCUCUCUCGCCGUGGCCGGAAACGACCUCGCAUGGCUAACGCCUAUCCUGGCCCGUCUACUCUGGGGCCAGGACAAAUUUGUGCCGGGAGAGUUUUAUACGGGCAAGUAUCUGAGUAAGCCGAUUGCGUGGACGGCUGUUAUUUAUAUGUUUUUUGCGAUUGUGUUGUGCAUGAUUCCUAAUGGGGGGCCGAGUCCGUCUGCUGGGAAUAUGAACUAUACUGUUGUUAUCAAUGGUGCUCUAUGGUUGGGAGCUGUGUUCUAUUACUAUGUUCAUGCGAGGAAAACGUUCAAGGGCCCGCAGACUACUGUUUCGCCGGAGGAUGAAGGGAAGCAGUUGGAGGCGGAAGCUGUUGCAGCAGACUCGGAGAAGAGUUAG